AUGCGCCGCUAUUGCAGCGAGUCUACUGUAUUCUCAGUCAUAAGAUUAAAGAUUCAAAUGGCGAAAAAGGUAUUUCUGUUCAUCUUUCUUGUAUUAUAUCGUUGGAAAGAUGGGAGUUUCGCUUCCAGACAGAGAAGACAGUUGUUAUAUCCACCGCCGAUUGUCUAUCCAUAUGGAGGAACAUUCAAGCUCAUCGUGGGAUAUGCAGUGCCUGUAGAACUCGCGGGCAGAACUUUGGUUUACGGGCAAAAUUUUCAGUUCCAAUAUCUCUUGCCGCAAAACGCGACGUUCUUCACGGAGUUCUUCAAAAAUUCGUCACGACGACGUCGCGAAAGUGUUAACUGGGACGAAAGGAUCACUGUCUACAGGCUCUUAGAAGAGGGACUUCAGAGAAAAGGAAUAGAUGGAAAAGAAUGCAUGAAAAAAAGCAUAUGCGAAGCAGCGAUGGCGCCUUUAAAAGACGAAGGACUCGUGGGAGAAUUAUUGCAUCUCUUGCUCACUCCUCAACAAGGAAAUAAUUCAUCCGUAGAUUCCGAAUACUUAGAGGCGCUAGAAUUUGGACAAAAAAAUUAUGAUUGUUCGUUAAUCUACGAAUCGUGUUUGUCUGGUCAAGGAAUUCUGGAUCAAAUCUCAAAAGUAAUAUCAUAGAAAAUUGUUAUAUAAACGCAAAAGCAAGCUCUACAAAUUAACUAAUCUAAGUUUGAAAUAAGCAUUGAUUUAUUAAUAGAAUUGUAAUUUUACUCUAUUGUAAGAA